AUGAGGCCUGAUGGGUUGAAUCCGCUCCGUCGAGCUCGCCUGAGCCCCUUCGGAGGCUCCUUCCCGCCGGAGUUCCGCCCGAGCGCCUUCCUGCCGGAUCGCUCCGCCAAGCUCACUCCUCACCAACCUCCUGCUGUCACUUCUCUGCUCUACUUUGGGCGAGGGGGAGAGGUAAAAGGGGAGGAAGAGGAAGUGAGUUUCGCAGGAAAUGGCGGGGAACAACGAGGCGGCGGGGGAGGGGAGGAGUUCUACCUGCGGUACUACGUGGGGCACAAGGGCAAGUUCGGGCACGAGUUCCUGGAAUUCGAGUUCCGCCCCGACGGGAAGCUGCGCUACGCCAACAACUCCAACUACAAGAACGACACCAUGAUCCGCAAGGAGCUCUUCGUCACCCCCGCCGUCAUCCGCGAGUGCCGCCGCAUCAUCGCCGAUAGCGAGAUAAUGAAGGAAGACGACAACAACUGGCCCGAGCCGGACAGAGUUGGGAGGCAGGAGCUCGAGAUCGUGAUGGGGAAUGAGCACAUUUCCUUUACAACUUCCAAGAUUGGAUCCCUUGUCGAUGUGCAGUCUAGCAAGGACCCUGAAGGACUUCGCAUAUUUUAUUAUCUUGUUCAGGACCUGAAGUGCUUCGUGUUCUCACUAAUCUCCCUGCACUUCAAAAUCAAGCCUAUCCAAUCCUAAAUUUCCCGAAUGCCUUCUUGUGUCUUUAGCGCUGAACUGCUUGCUUCAGGUGUGAAGUUAUGUGACGUUGAUGCUUAAGGUGCUAACGAAUGGCAUCUUUUGGUGAACUCGAGUUUUCUUGCUCAGUGGAUUUCAUGAAAUUUUUUAUGUGCUUCACAUGUUUGCCGAAUGAGAAAGUUUGCUUUGAUAUCCGGCUCUUUUGAUAGAGUGAAAUGUUGGUAAAUGUUGAUCUGUUUUGACUUAUCGCUUCUGCUAGAUUGAUGUUAUUUGUUCACUCUGUUGAAACUUCUCAGACGAUGAUGACUGGUGUUCAACCCUUAGCUGCUUGGUAUCUU